GAUAUUGUAAAGUUAGCUAAUUAUAUGGUUAUGUUUAAAUAGAAUGGUUCCAGACCAUCAUUCAAUAUGCAGCAGGUUCCAGAUGCCUCUAGUUCUCACCAGUUGAAUGAAGAGCUAAUGGUUCCAUCACAUGAAGUUGGACAAGAAGUAGAAUUACUUACUUCUAAAUUGCCAAAACAAGUUGUGGCAAUUGGCAUAGUUAUUUCUAAGGACCCAUCCAAAGUAGUAGGUGGACAACGAUUGGGGCCAGAAUUUUGGGAAGUUCGUAUUACGAAAGCGAUAAAGCCUCGUCAAAAUUUGGUGAAAGCUCUUGAAGGUGUCAAAACAGUUGGAGAUGCACAUCACAAAUGUGUAGCUUGGCCUUCAGUUGAUGUAAUGCAUAUGCACUAAUCCUAUAUUUAUUAU